AUGAAUAAUAAUAAUAAUAAUAAUAAUAAUAAAGGAGGAGGAGGAAGAGGAGAAGAUGAAGAGGAAAAAUUAUUAAAGUCAAAUAGAGUAGUUGGUGAUAGUAGUAGUAGUAGUAAUGGUUCAUCGUCUUCAUCAAAUGAUCAUGUUGACAUUGAUGAUGAUAGUAGUAGUGAAGAUGGUGAAGAGAAACCAUUAUUAUCAUUGGAAGAUGAAAAUAAUAUAAUUACAACAACUGAUUCACAAACACCGAUUUAUGUAUAUGAUGAAGAGGAUUCAUAUGAUAUACGAUCAUCUGCCAGUCAUUUGGAUAGUAGUAUCAAUGCAAAUAUAUUGGACCACAAAAAGAAUCAUAGUAGCAAGUUGUUGCUCUUUCAAAUCUAUUCUACAGUCUUGGCAAUACUGUAUCUGUCAACUUCGGCCGUCCUUCCUCUUCUCAGCAAACAAAUCUUUAUAAACUAUGACUACCCCCUCACUUCAAGUUUACUUCAAACCGUCGGUGCCUCAAUACUCCUUCUCGUCUUUAAUAUCAUUCAAUACUAUCACAACAAAGGUGACCUAUUACCAAAGAGUUAUAUUACUGAUCAUAACUUUUUAUCUAAAGCUAUUUUAAUGUUACCAGUAUCAAUAUGUUUUGCAAUAGUAAUAUCAUUAACAAAUAUUGGUAUAUCAAUGGUUCCAGUCAAUUUCCAUAUUAUUUUUAAAUCUACCAAUAUUAUAUGGGUUGUAAUAUUUUCAUUUAUUGUACAUAGAGAGAAACCAACGAUUUCAAUUUUAAUUAGUAUUGCAUUUUUGAUGGGAGGUACAAUCAUGGUAUCAUUGGUAUUUUCAGGUCAACAAGAAUCAAGUUUUUGUGCCGAGGGAUCCCUCGUCAUCCUUCUCCCACUCUUGGCUAUCGAACAUGUCAAAGGUUUCUCUACAUUGGUUCAAUUACCAUAUACAACCAUUCUUUUGGUCAUUGCUGGUAUUUUUGUUACUAUAGUAUUCCAAGCAACAACAGUUGGAUUGAUAAAGAGUCUUUAUGUAAUUACAGUUGGUACAGUGACACAACUACAAAUCAUUCCCCAAAUAUUAUUAUCUGUUACAAGUGUGAAAGACCAUCCGACAAAUAUGCAACAAUCAGAUAAUACACCAUUAUCUCUGCUACCAUGGGUUAUACAAUCAGAGAUUAUUUAUAUAGUUUGUAAUUAUCGAAGGAAUAGAGGUCAAAGAGAGAUAAAGUUAAGUGAUGUGUAUCAUGUGGCUGGUGUAUCGAGAAAGUGGAGAAAUGCAUCUAAAGUAUCCCUUACUUUAUGUCAGCGGUUCAUCUUUGGACAAGAAGAUUUAGAGGUGUACCGUCGUCGACACUCUGAUAAUAGUCUCAGUAGUGCUCUCAGUCUUCUCUCGGGUCCACAUCACACCAUUGAUGUUGACCUUUCAAAACAUAGUCCAAUCUUUCAAACUCAUUUCAACUUUCAGUACGCUCAAACCAAUCUAGAUUGGUUUAUCGAUACUAUCAUCAAUAAGAUGCCGUACUUUAAUUUUAUUGAUGUGCAUAAAGAUAUAGUUUGCAGAUGGGUCAGUCUCAUCAAAGGACAUGGAAAGAUCCUAGCACUACCGUCUCUCAAGAAACUGUCUUUUGGUAGAAUUGAUGUAAAUUGGCCACUCUUUCUAUUUCAUCAUUUACAAGAGUUGGAUAUUGAUAUUGGACCCUAUACAACAACCGAGAUAUGUAGUUUUUUGAAUCACUGUCACACUCUAAAGUCUCUCAUCAUCGAUAACUCAAAUGACAACAAAAUAGACAUUGACAAGGUGUUUUCAAGUAUACCUCGUACUCUCACCAAAUUGUCUUGGUCCGUUCAUGAUAAAGACAACCAAGUAUCAGAUAACCCUAACACCAACCCACUCCCAUUCCACCUCUUACCAUCUACUAUACGUCACCUUUUAAUUUGGAGUAUCUAUCAAUCAUCUACUCGAGAAUACUAUGAUUUUGUAUUGGCCAACUCGGUACAUACAAUAGUCCACUAUUCCCAAGACACCUACUUAUAUUCAGACCAAUCUACUCAUGAAUGCAUCAACUUUUUAGUAUCAUCUCCAUCCUCUCCCAUUAAACACAUUUAUCACAUAGUCACAUCCAACAAUCCAACAACAACUACAACAACAACAAUCACAGAGAAUGAAACUAUAGUAGUAGUCCCACCAUUAUUGGAAGAGUUGGAGUUAUGGAUAUUAAAAGGUGAAAGUGUGUAUGAAAUAUUUGAAUGUUUGUUCAGGCAAGCUAACGUUGGUGGUCAAGGACCAUUACUACCAAACCUUCAUACACUUACAAUCAAGUGUAUGAACCAAGGAUCAGAACACUUUCCCUACCAUCUCGGUGCAUUUAUCCGAAGCAGUCAAUCACUUGCAAUCAUUGAUAUAGAGGUACCAUUUUUUUAUAACAAAUCAACUCGAUUCGAUUCUAUAAAGAGAUUCUUGGAUUCAGUAGCCAACAGUCAUUCAGUUGAAUUGGUUUACAUUCGAUUUGUGCAAGGUCCUACAUUACCAAAGUUUGAUAACUUUGACAAAAAGAAUUUUGUUGGUCGACUAAAACAACUCUUACAAGACUUCAAAAAUAAUUCAUUAGAAUUACAUUAUAAAGAUAACUUAAUCACUAUUAAUAAUAAAUAA